AUGAAUAAUUAUAAAUUGAGAAGAGACGUCACGGUGAUCCCAGUUGAGAUUUGGAGCAGGUUGACUUGCGGAGUUAGGGGUUUAUCGGGGACGCGUGCGUGGUAUUCGGUUUCCGAUUCUCAGGUGAGAUGGAUAUUGGUGACGUUGGUCAGCGGUGGGACGCAUGAGCUAGUAGAUACGUCUUUUUAUUUCCGUUGUUGUAUAGAUACUCCGAUGGUUUUGAUUGAGAAGGCUGUUGACCUGUUGCAUCCGGGUGCUAUUGGUGGUGGCCUUGGUGUCACUUUGAGCCUAAUCACCUCCAAAUACCCUUCUAUUGUGGGUAUCAAUUUUGACCUGCCUCAUGUUGUACAACAUGUUCCAUCAUAUCCCGGAGGAGACAUGUUUGCAAGUGUUCCCAAAGAAGAUGCUAUUUUCAUGAACCUUACACAAAUUUUUUUUUGCUAUUUUCAUGAAGUGGAUACUGCAUGACUAGGGUGGUGAACACUGUUUGAAGUUAUUGAAGAACUGCUACAAUGCAAUUCCUGAUGAUGGAGGCAAUAUUUUCUUUAUAAUUAAGUUUCUCAAUGUGAGACUUAUUUUAUAUGGUCUAAAAUUUAUUAGUAUCUGAUAUCAUGAAUUAUGGUUUACAUAUGAAACGGAUUGGAACAAAUGAUUGUUUAUUAUAAAAUUUCAUUC